CCAGUCCCUUUCCAAGCAACCACAGUACAGUUGUUGUUUAAUCAGGGGCAAUCAGGCAGAGGCUCUUCAACGAUCGUUAUGCUACUUCAUCGUGAGGUCUGAUGUUUGCACACUAGUUGGGGAGCCUCACUCUUGAACUGACAGCUUAAGCUUCACCAUGGAGUAUCUGCUUCGAGUGAAAAUCGUUGCUCUGUUUGGUUUGAUGUUCUUAACUGUUCUUUUUGGAUUCAUUCCUGCUCGAGUAAGAUGGUUCAGAGACACGAAUGGGACAGAAACCCACCGCACAUUUCUGAGCUUGAUCAGCUGCUUUGCUGGUGGGGUUUUCCUGGCGGCAUGUUUGCUGGACAUCAUUCCAGAUUACCUGUCAGACAUCAGCGCAGAGCUGGAUGCUCAGAUGGUGGAGACCAGCUUUCCUCUUCCAGAGUUCAUCAUUGCUGCUGGCUUCUUCAUGGUCCUCAUACUAGAGAAGAUUGUUCAUAACUGCCGGGAGAUCAGAGGGGCUCAUGAGGAGAGGGCGCCCUUAAUAUCAGAGAACAGGAAUGGGCACGGGCAUGGGCACGGGCCAGCCACGAGCCCUGAUCUGGAAAGCAGUGGUCACCAUGUCCACGUUGACUUCCAGGCUCAUUCCCCCUUUCGUUCCUUCAUGCUUUUCCUCUCGCUUUCGCUCCAUUCGGUUUUUGAGGGACUUGCAAUUGGCCUGCAGAACACUGACUCAAAGGUAUUAGAGAUCUGCAUCGCUAUCCUUGUCCACAAGAGCAUCAUAGUGUUCAGCCUGUCAGUGAAGCUGGUCCAGAGCGCAGUUCGUCCCUUAUGGGUUGCUGCGUACAUCUUAGUGUUUGCCAUGAUGUCACCCUUAGGCAUCGCCAUCGGCAUCAGCGUGAUGGAGGCUCAGCUAGCAUCUGGCGCACUAAUUCAGGCCAUCCUGGAGGGGCUGGCUGCAGGAACAUUUGUUUACAUCACCUUCAUGGAGAUCCUCCCGCAUGAGCUCAACUCUGCAGGCAAGCAGCUCCUCAAGGUGCUCUUCAUCCUGCUGGGCUUCACCAUCAUGGCAGCGCUGACAUUUUUGGGCUGAGAUUUAGAGUUUCAAGAGACAUAUCUGUCAGGAAAAAACCUGUACACUUUGUGCCAUCUACUGCAGCUGCCACAAUUUUUCUUUUGGUCACUUUAGCACAGAAACUUUAUUAGAAAUGAAAACGAAGUUCAUUGUUGCCCUGUUACAGCCUGUUAGGGGAGAUUUUUAAUCAAAAGGAGCGUGACAGCCUGCCAGAGUUUUCUUGCUUUCAUAUACUUAAAAAAACUCAUUGUGCAAGGCAAGCAACUUUUUGUACAUUUCAUUUUUUUAAAAGAUCACUUUAUUUAAAGAGGAGCUACUUACUGAAGUUAGCUAAAGAGCAUAAAGAGCAAGUGUCCUCAAAUAUUACUGACCAUAUUUUUAAGUAUGCAAACCAAAUCAAUGUUUUUAACCAUUUGAAAUAUUGAGGAAAAAACUGGAAACAAGGGGUGUGUUUUCAAUAUGUGAUGCCUUGUAAGAACUCAAUCUUGUCAGUGUAUAGGUAAUUCUAGAUCUUUAAUGUUUACAUGAUAUCAUUCUUUUCUGGCAGCACUGACAGUGCCUUCAUUUUUUAAAUAUAUUUUCUUUUUACAGUAUUUAUUCUUCAAGGUUUUCAGUCAGUAAAUACUGACAAUCCACUGCUUUUACUAAGCUUUUAUGUUUAGUUUCUAAUUUUAAGUUGCUUUGUUUCUCAUUAUUGAGAGAAUAAUGCUGAGCUUCUUUCAUUUGUACUGUAAACAAGCCUAAAUGUAAAAUUACUAAGUCCCUGUUUCAUUGUGAAGAAAUCUAGAGGUUUUGAAGUAUCAGCACACAGAAGUUCAAAACUGAAACCUUAAAUUAUUUUACUUGGAAGAGUACAGCUUUAAUUUAUUUGAAAGUUCAUUACAUCUCACAGGCAUAUGCUUUUUUUUUGUUUGUUUCAUCAGCUACACUUGAAAAGAUGCUUUGAAAAAGAAUUGAAGUCAACUGGCUUACAGUUAAAGGGAUAAAGCGAGUCUUUAUCUACAGUUAUAUCUGUUAGCUGGUAUCAUAAUUCCUGUUUUUGUCAUGUGACAGUCAGAUUGUUCCCUCAGGGGAAAGAAGCAGGAAAUAGAAAUUCAUGUUUGGGCUGUCAGAAAAAGAGUUGCCAACUCAAAUAUGGGUUGCUUGUUAUGCUUUGUCAGCUUUUUUUUACCCCGUUCUGUUUUCACUUCUGUUCGUUUUUCAUGUGUCACACUAACCCCCCAUUAUACGUUGUUAAAGUCUGAAAACCAUUUGAGAGUAUAAACCAUUUUCCUGCUCGUA